ACAAUUUCUUUAUCUCACCGCAAAUACCUCUCCUUCUCUCUCUAAAUUACAAAUCAAAACUUCGAACCCCCAAAAAAACUCCCAAGUUUUCUCUCUCAUCUCAUCAAUGGCGCCCAAAGCAGAGAAGAAACCAGCCGAGAAGAAGCCCGCAGAGGAGAAGAAGGCCGCCGCCGCCGAGAAAGCUCCGGCGGAGAAGAAGCCAAAAGCCGGGAAAAAGCUCCCGAAGGAGGCCGGAGCAGCCGCCGGAGAUAAGAAGAAGAAGCGUCACAAGAAGAGCGUCGAAACCUACAAGAUCUACAUCUUCAAGGUUCUCAAGCAGGUUCACCCUGACAUCGGAAUUUCCAGUAAGGCAAUGAGUAUCAUGAACAGUUUCAUCAAUGAUAUCUUCGAGAAGCUUGCUCAGGAAUCUGCUAGACUCGCUCGUUACAACAAGAAGCCGACGAUUACUUCUCGGGAGAUUCAGACUGCUGUCAGGCUUGUUCUUCCUGGUGAAUUGGCUAAGCAUGCUGUUUCUGAGGGUACCAAGGCUGUUACUAAGUUUACCAGCUCUUAAAUUAGGGUUUAAUGGUGUUUUUGUUGAUUUUGGGUUGGUAGGGUAGGAAUUAGGGUUUGGUUGUUGAAAUUUGGUUAAAUGUGGAACUGGAUUAUGGUGGUAUUAUGUCUUUUGAAUAGACUUGGUUAUGAUGUAUCUACUCUUACAAAUUAAUGGAAAUGCUUUUGUGAAA